ACAUUUCCCAUGAGCGCCCGACGGGUUGAAACUACACCAGACAACAUGGCGGGAAUCGCAGCGUUUCUGAAAAAUGCAUGGAACAAAGAGCCUGUUAUCUUUGUCUCCUGUGGGAUCGGACUGAUAGGUCUUGCUCUUCCAAUUGUCAGCCCCAUCACAAAGUACACAGGAAUGAUCAAUAGGUCUGUGCCGUACAACUACCCAGUCCCUGUGAGAGAUGAUGGAAACAUGCCUGAUGUCCCCGCUCAUCCCUGUGAAGCAAAAGGACCCAACUUGGAAUGGCUCAAAAAGUUAUAACUUCACAUUCACACAAUCAAAACUUGUGCCGUUCCCCCCGUUCAUAUGUGUCUGCAUCGCUGCUCCACCUGUCAGUGUCCCACAAUAAAGAUUUAUUUAAUUCUA